GGCGGCGCAACAUGGGCUGAGCCUAUUCGCAGUGAAAUGAGCUGUGGACUCCGCGCUGCUGAGUGGUUUUGAUUUCAGUCUGCUCUGACUGACCGCCUCGGACACAGCUAUGGCGACACGUGGAUUUUUGUGGGUGAGAGGACCCACCGGCCACAGGGUGGAUUAACUGAUCGUCGCACGGGUGCGUGUCGGCGUCCAGCGCUGCUUCGGUUACUCUCUGGGACUCGGCGAUGCGUUCGUUAAAGGAAACGAAUUUCCCAGAUAUCCGGAAAACGCAUCCAUGCGCCACGGCCGCUCCGCAUCCCGAUGUGCUUCUGACAACACAAUGCCUGGCUUCAAGGAGCUUUCAUGGCACAUCGGCAUGGGUGCGUCCACACGGUUAUUUUGCUAUUCUUUGCGCAUGAGGCUUCGGAGCGCAGAUGUGCAAUGAGACUAUCAGGAAUUAUCAAGUAGACUUUAUUGAUACAUAAUCUGACAAUAUGGCUGAUCAGAGCAACAUCCAGUCCGCCGCAUCCAAGAGCAUCCGGCCCUUUAAAUCCAGUGAGGAAUACCUGUAUGCCAUGAAGGAGGAUCUGGCUGAAUGGCUGAACACCCUGUAUGAUCUAGAUAUCACUGCGGACACCUUUAUGGAAGGGCUGGAGACGGGCUGUGUCCUCUGUCGGCACGCCAACAAUGUGAACCGCGCCGCGCAGGAGUUCCAGCUGGAGUAUCCCGAGGCUGCACGGUCCAUGAAGGUGCCGUCUAAAGAUGUCGUCUUCCAGUUUCGCAAUGUUGUCCCUGGCUCGUUUGUGGCGCGGGAUAACGUGUCCAAUUUCAUCACCUGGUGCAGGCAGGAGCUAUGGAUUAAAGACGUCCUCAUGUUUGAGACAAACGACUUGGUGGAGAAAUGCAACGAGAAGAAUUUUGUUCUGUGUCUCCUUGAGGUGGCGCGACGUGGGUCCAAGUUCGGCAUGCUGGCCCCCAUGCUGAUCCAGCUGGAGGAGGAGAUCGAAGAGGAGAUCCGGGAUCAGGAGAGCCUGCAGAUCGAUGAAGGGGAGCCGGCUGAGCAGAGCUCGCCCAGCAGGCGUUUCAGUCGGAAGGAAAGCAUUAAGAGUGUGGAGGAUGAAGAAGAACCAGAUCCAGAGCCCUUCAUCUGGCAGCAGAAGAGAGUUUUAUGUGACAUGCGAAAUCUGGAUGAGUUGGUACGUGAGAUUCUGGGGCAGUGUUCCUGUCCAGCUCAGUUUCCUAUGAUCAAGGUGUCGGAGGGAAAGUACAAAGUGGGGGACUCCAGUGCACUGAUCUUCAUCAGAGUCCUUCGUACCCAUGUGAUGGUGCGUGUUGGAGGGGGCUGGGACACAUUAGAGCACUAUUUGGACAAGCAUGACCCAUGUCGCUGUGCUGCUUUUGCCCACCGCUACCAUCAGGCUAAAGCUAGUGGCCAAGGUCAGGGAGCCCAGAGCAAGUCCUCAAGCGCCCACUCCUCUCGCUCCACCAGCCCAGGUCCACACUGGCGAAACGAUGGCAUCGCACCCUACAAACUUUCUGACAGGCGGUCCCUGGAGCCCCUUUCUGCUCAGUGUGCCUCGUCUUCUCCCUCUGCGCGGCCAGGUCGAUCUCAGAACUCUUUAGAGCUCGACUCUGGUGCAGCACGUACUCUUCUCCCAAAGCCGCCACGAGAUCGCUCAGAACCCCGCCACUUUAAUCCUCUCAGGAAUAAGGAGACAAUUAUGCCAGUGACAAGACGUCUGUCUGGUGACAGUGACUCCUCUACGGCCUCCUCUAAGGGAGGAGGAGGAGGAGGAGGAGGAGGAGGAGGAGGAGGAGGGGGGCGGCAGUCUCUUGGAGGUGCUUCACGGCGCUCUGGUGAAGAAGUAGUGCUGCUCGUCAAUCGUAAGGAGGGGAAACAUAUGAUUGAGAGGCCUGCAGCUGGAAAUCAGACCCCAUCCCUGCGUCCCUCACUGCCUCGCGCACGCAGCCAGUCACGGGAACGUUCUGCAUUCAUGCCGAUACUCAGACCCAACCCACCUCAAGAUUCCUCUGAAGGAGUGCGGAUGCCUCGCACAGAGAGGGGCCGCUCCCUUGGAAAUGAAGGCCCGAGGAGGCUCCUUGGCCCACGGUCCCACAGUCAGAGUAAAUUAACCAGCCGUACUCGGUCUGGUGAUGCCAGUCCAGGACCCUCUCUCUCCUACAAGGAUCCUCAGCCCCCACCUUCAGAGAAACGAGAAGAUCUUCGGGCUAAACAAGUGCCCCCAUCCUCUCCCAGAAUGGGUGCUGGAUUCUCCAAAAGGCAGUCAUCCUCGUGUUCUAACUCGCCUAAUAAAGGGGCCCAGAGCAACAAUAGCAGCAGUCCCAGCAAGAAGACUAUAACUACUCCCAGACCUCCUGCCCCUCGUUCCCCCUCCAUAGGAAAAGGCAGAUUGCUGCCACCUGUCACAUCAGGGGGACGACGUUCACCACACUCAUCUCCUCGCAACUCGCAUCAUCACGCCGCCCGCUCCUCUCGGACCUCACAGGGUUCCCGGUCUGCUGGGAGAGGCCACCUUAAGAAUGCAUCUGGUCUGGAAUGCCAGGAGCCUGAGGAGGAAGGACUGGGCUUUGGCUUCCAGAUGCUGCCAGCCUUAGACCCCCAGAAGGAGCAGGAUCUUUAUCGCAGCUUUGAGGCCGAGUAUCUUGCCAAUACACAGCAGGCUAGAGGAGUGUCUAAUAAAGCUCCUGGUGGAGUGUCCAUACAGCGAGCUGGUACACAUUCAAUGGCAGCACUCACUGAUCCUAAUGUCACUGACUCUGCCUAUUCCUCUUCUAACUCAUCCACCUCCUCCUUGAAUGUGGGGGCCAAGAUGGGAACUCUUCCUGACCUCAGGGAAUCCAAGAGAAUUAACCCCCGUCACAUCUCACUGGAGGACCCCUUAAAUUUACUUUCUGGACACAAUUUCGGGGGACCACACAACUUUGGUCAAGGAGAGCCUGGGCACUGGGGGGAGUGUGGAGGUGGUCUCAAGAAGCUCCCAGCUAUCUCCAGCUCCAUGGAGGAAAGAGAAAUACCUCCGUCCCUGCCUGGAAUUCGAGACACAGAGUCAGACAGUUUGAUGAAUGACAUUUCUUCGCAACCUGCUUUCCAAUGUGGGAAUAUGAAUGGAGAACACAGAGGUUCUCCUCCUGAAGCGAGGAUGAUAGGUCAACAGAGUCCUCUUGGCUGGAACACACAGCCUCAAGGAGAUGUUCCACUGGAAAAUCAUCAGCCAAACUUACCUUAUGACAUGGAAAAUGGCGAUGGGAGUGUUGACCUCCCACCCCCUGAGGACUGUGCAUCAUCUCUGCCCCUUCCCCUCUCUGAGGACUGCUCUUUCCAGGAUUCCUCAAGUGAAAACUCUUCUAUGUGCUUCAGCUUGAGCGAAUCCCGCUCAGAGUCCCCUCCACCAACUUUACCCUUGACUAACGGGGACACAGAUGGAGAAAUGCUAGAGACUAAGAAAGGGCCAAAGAAAGCAAAUAGGGUCGACCCAAUCACUAAGCACAAACUGGGAGCUCGGUUCAGGCCUCGCACUGACAACAGGCCAGAAAAUGGCCCCUCACGUAUACCCACCCCCGUCAGCUACAGAGAGUUGCAGGCUCAAAACACUCUUUCCCCCUGCCACACCCCACCGCUGUCUCCUCAAAGCUCCCAUCCUGCUGGUCGUCAAGCCACAUGCAAGGGCCUGCAACAGGCCUUCACUGAUAUGAUCCAUCCUCAUCCUCAUUCCCCAGCCAUGGGCAACAAAGAUUGCUCCUACCCUGUACAGUCAGGCAGCGUGGACACUGAAGCUUGGAUGUAGCACAAAAUGAAACUAUGGAUGACCUAGAGGUUGUUGUCAUGAACUUUAACUACUGUGUGUAAAAAAAAAAAAAAAAGAAACAAAUUUGGGCUACAGACUGUUUUCACUGCAUGUCAAACACUCCUUUUUUCAUUUAGUUUUUCCCCUGAAUAACUGCAGAGGCUCACAUUGCUUUUUUUGCACUCAAGCCAAAUUAUUUAUUACCAAAGGAAUGGUCUUUAUAUUACUGUAAUUUUAAUGUGUGCAUGGGUAUGCUUUUGCCAAUCAUAGUCUUUCUUUUUUUUUUUUUACAAGUCACUAGUGAAAUCCUCACGGUUGAUAGACAGAAAUAGAAAGAGAGAGCAUAUGUGCUGCCAUGUGCCUCACUAAGGGGCAUGGUAAAGUGCCAGAGAUUUAAAGCUGCAACUCUAGAAACAAUGUAAACACUACUCCCUUAGUCAUGUGGACUGGCUCCCUCUUGUGGUUUGCCAUAGCAUCUCUGCUUGCCUUGAUAGUCAAAAUACUGGCAUGAUGACUGUGAUGUUUUCAGUCUGUCCACAUUAGUGGUCUCCAUGUAUGACUCAGUAUACUCACAUUACGAUAGUAACACUAAUCAGUAACAUAGACUAAGGUACACCCAUCAUUCUUCUGACUUUAUGAACAUUACACGGACUACAAAUUUCUGUACAGUUGUUUAAUGUUAUUAUUUAACUAUGUCAGCUUUUCAUAAUCAGCUGUUAUAGACAAAGAUAGAUGCUUUUUGUUUGAAUGCUUAAUGUCUUUUUAAGAUUAUGUUUAUUGCAGUAAAAUGUUUAAAAUUUACUUUAAAUCUAUUGAGUGUAAAAAUAUGAGGAGCUGAGGGGGGGGAGGUUAUAUAACUUUGUAUGAUUGUCACUGAAAUUAGAAAUUUUGAGUUCUUCUUGUGACCAAACUGUACUCUGGAAUCAAAUGCUAAGGGGAAUGAAUGUGUAAAUACAUGCUGAGAGUGGGUAUUUUGUAAAGAUGAGGCAUGGAAUGUACAGUUUAAUGUACAUAUUCACUGUAUUCAGUUCUGUGCAGCCUUAGCUAUGCAAUACCGGUGUUGAAAAUGCCUUGAAAAUUCCCUUUGCCUUAAAAUUUUUUCACAGUUUAAUUUUUUCCUUUUUUUUUUUUUUUUUUAAAUGUUUUUAGCUUAUCAUCAUUAAAAUCUAUUAGUUAACACUGCAUUGCCAUCUUUAAUGGUUUAUAAUGCUUGGACAGUUUAGGGGUGAAUGUGAAGAUGAAAAAAAAAAAGAAGAAGCAUUGCCAGCCAGUUUAAUUUAUGAAUUAUACUUGACGUGGAUGUACAAUUAAUGAAACAUAUAUAUAUAUAAUGUAUUUCCACUCAAUUCCCCUGGUUGUUUUCAAACAACAAAUGCCAGAUAACCUAUUUAGCAGAUGGAAUUCAAUAAUAUGGCACAAUUUAUAUCUAGUGGUAGAAAAAAAAGUUCUAUUCAAUAGUAGAAAAUGUUUUCUUGAUAUGAUACUCAUAUGUCCUGGUGCUGAUUAGAGCCAAUAAUAAGAAUAUGAUAUGGUAAGGUUUGAUGGUGGGUGUCUGCAUGUGUGCAGAAGUGCAUGAAUAAUGGAUACUGUAACUGGAUAUUAAGGCUACCUUGUGAAGCUUUUGCAUGGUUGUCAUCAGUAUGACAUUGCAGACUCCAGCUACAGAGCCCACAUUACUAGUUUUGUGGUAUUUAGCUGGUGUGAAAGGCAGUAAAGUUGGAAUAGUGGUGUCCUGUUUAGUACCCUGCAGAAACUAUACAAUCUCAAAAGCUUUUGGCUUUGAUUAAAGGAAAACUGGUGGGUGCUUUGCAUUCAUUUUAAUGAAUAUUUUCCACAGACUAUGGAGGCAAAGAAAAAGUUGAUAAAAUAGUUUUUGCUGGAUACUAACAGUGAAUGGAUUUGGAAUUGAGAGUGUUGAGAGUGUGCAUAUCUUUGUGUACAUACUAUAUGGGAAUAUGUACAGAUUUGGAGUAAAGACAGGAGUGGUGUUGGUCUAAUUUAUUUAUUUAUGAAAUGAACUUUCGUGGGCUCUAGUAUUUCCCAAGUUCUGCAAGUGAGUGUUUAGGGAAAUCCAAAUGAGACAGCAGACAGACAGAAUCCCUUGGAAAUGUUGCCAGUUAAAAACUAAAGUAAUUUGAAGGCAAACUGAACUUAUUUAUAUUGUUAAAGACACAGUUAUUUUAUCAUGUGCUGAAUCCUCACUGCUACAGAUGAUUUAUGAUGGACCAGUAUUGUUAAAGCUACACUGAUUCCAAUAAGUAGCUGGUUGUCACUUUGGCUUGUACAAACACAUUAUUAUAUGUAUUCUAAUUCUUUUCAAUUUAUAUUUUGUUUUGGUUUGUUUGAAGAUUUGAAUUUGAAUCAACUGGUGUUUUAAAUGUACAGGCUAACUGAGCCGGGACUUCUACAAUCGUAAAAUGAUUGUCCUAAUUUGCUAUCUCUAGAUUUCUACCUUCACAGAUUUUGGGAAACAUUUAUUCCUCCAUAUCCCCAAUCAGCAAAAUCUGAAUGUUUGUGAUCUUCACUAAGACUUCGGUUAAAUGUACAGAUUGCUUGACAUUGUGGAAUUUGUGUUUAUGAAAUAGCAAUACUGCAAUGUUUCACUUUUCUUUUUAAAUUUGAAAAUGCUGUCAAGUUGUUCUUGUAAUAAAUAUUUUGCUCUGAA